AUGCGCUUUUUUUUUCUUUUUCCUUUCUGCGAGCCUAUUUUUUACUUUUUCUUCUCGUCCUUUUGUUUUCCUCCUCCUCUCUCACAUCCUUGUCCUUUAAUCAUGUUGACUUCACCCAACAGCUCGACCUCCAGUGUCUCCUCUGAGCCUCGCUCACCUCCAUACCAACAACCCACCCGCCGAUCCCCCAUGCCCAUCAAAUACCCCCGGUUCUACUCCUCCCCGGUGGACGAGGACACCAACUCAACCCCUCUACAAGUCUAUGGCCUCGAGCAAAGAGAGCCCUCCAUCUACUGCAAACCACCCAAGCUCCUCCGCCGAGUCUCCCAUGCUCUCGGCGAUAUCCGCGAGGACCUGUCCCUCGACACGGAGAAGCUGAAGCGCCGCUCAACCGUCUUCUUUGAGCCUGUUUCCCCACGGGAUGUUCCUCCCGCCACAUCCGACGGUCCUCGCUCACGACCUAUGUCCAUUAUCUCAUUCGACAAUUGGUCCGGCCCAACGCGGGGCAUGAGCCAACGCAUCUCCCGCCGCCUGUCGGUAUUCUCAUCUCGCGGCAAACCCGUCAGCUCCAAGGGUGGCUGCAUUUCCUCGCCCAAUCUGAUCGGGUCUUCAACUCAAUAUGCUAGUCGGAGCCAGAACUCCUUCAUUUAA